CUCGCCCCGGCCAGUCGAUAUAGCUAAUCGUUACGUCAGUGGUAGUAGCGGGAAAUAGCCGUGACACGAGAGGCGCUUCUGCCGCGCAAUUUUUUCCCGCGGCCUCAACUCUAGCCUCCGUUCUCGCGCUCUCUCUCUCUCUCUCUCUCUCUCUCUCUCUCUCUCUGUCUUUUUCUUUUUCUCUCGAGUACAAGCAAGGUCAAAAGAUCCCGCGCGCCAACCACCUGUGUCGUGUCGUCGCAAUCGUCAUCGUUAUCGCAUCCUCCGGAUAUUUAGACGGCGUGAUGCGGGCGCGUACAUAUCGCGAACGGAUGGCGCGCGUCUCGUAAACGCGCGCAUUCGCAGCAUUCGGGACGCGGCCGUUCCGCGCGGAAAAACGCGGCCGCGUAAGCUCGUCGUGAGAAGUAAUUCCGGAGUCAAGGUCGUCCCAGUGCAGCCACUAUUUUUCUACCUCUCGCUCUGCCCUUCCCGCGACAGCUCGAGGGCGUUGGAAAUUCGACGGGCCGAGUACGCGCGGAUCAUCGCGGAUACGAGGGGAGGAUCUUCUCGAUGGAGACCGAAAUGGAAAAUAUUUUCCUAAUUUCGAGCAUGCUGUCAAAUGACCGUCUCCACAAUCCGCCGAGACUCGUCUAACCGUUGUCUAGCCCAGAGGAACUCGAGCCGAAUUUGACAGUAAGCAAGAAGGAUGUAAUUUACCUUUCGCCGAUCCUCGAUGAAACGGGGGUAACGUGACGUGAAUAAAGGUAGAUCGAGCGAGAGAAUAGAAGCGAUUUUUGACAACGGCGAUGUCGGAAGCGUAAAACGCGGCGCGACCAUUCGCCCUGAAGAUGCUGGUGGACGACUGCGGAAACGGAAUGGGGUGGACUACGGCUAGCGUGCGCGGGGGAUGGUCCACCCCGGCAGGAUGCAGAAAUUCAGCCAUGAGCUUCGGCGGCAGCGUGCCGUCCUUGCACCCGACCGGUUCGAUGAGAUCUUUGCGCUCGCAACAUUCUAUGCAGCCUCCGCCCGAGACACCGCGAAGAUGCAUACAUUGUCAUCCGGUACAUGUUCCCAGCACCCCCAAUAAUUACAUGCAACAUCCUAUGCAGUAUUAUACGCCGACUCAUUGUAUGGAGGGUCAAAAUGGCAUGUAUACGCCGCAUCGUGGAAGUUCGUAUCACGGCGAUACUCGUCUGCGCUACGUAGACGGGGACGAGAGCAUGGGUAAUACAAACUGGGUUCUGGGCGAUUUACGCAGUCUGCAUCGCUGCGUACCCGCACUUCGUCGUACAGGCAUAGACGUCGCCGGUAUGCGGACGCAUUUUUAUCCGGAGGGCGGUUGGGGCUGGUUAGUCUGCGCCGCCGGUUUCCUCGCCCUGUUGCUCACUACUGGGAUGCAGCUCGCCUUCGGAAUGCUCUACCUUCCUGCCAUGCGACAUCUUGGUAACAUCUACGAGAUGGAUAUAGUGUGGGCGGGGGCGUUGAGCGCCGCGGUUUCUCGCGGUUCCGCACCCCUGGUCGUCGGCGCGUGUCGUCGUGGCAAUACAAGACUUACGGCGGUGAUCGGUGGCCUGGUGCUGGCUCUGGCAUCCCUCUUCACCUCGUUCGCCGUCCAGAUGCAUCAAGUGCUCCUUAGUUACGGGCUGGUGCUGGGUGCGGGUGCCGGUCUCGUGAGGGAAACCGCCGGUCUGGUAUUGGGCAAUUACUUCAGAAAACGGCGGGAGUUCGUCGAGAUGGUGGUGCAAGCUGGCACCGGCGUGGGAAUAGCACUUUUCAGCGUCUUUUACAAGGAAGCCGUCGGGAAGCUGGGCUGGCGGCUGGGGCUUCAAUCGGUAACGGGCGCUCUCUCGUUGGCCUUCUUUCUGGGGUUGAUAUACCGGAGCGCCUCGCUCUACCACCCGCAACGCCGGGCCAUAUUACAUCUCAAGAGUCAGCGCAGCAAGCUCAAGGAGAAGAAAUCCGCGAACAAGGUGCCGAAGCAGCCGCUGGUCGAUCUGAGCCCUCUCGGAUCGCGUCCUGUGAGGAUGCUCAUGCUGGCCGCCGGUGCCGCCGGUUUCGGUCUUUACACCCCCGCCUUCUACAUCGCUCUGCAAGGUUUCGAGGACGGGCUGGAGGCCAGCGCUCUGGUACUGUUGCAGACCUGUCUUGGGUUGGCGGCGGCACUCGGAUGCGCGGCCUGGGGGGUGGUCACCGCCAGGCCAUCCGCUCAGUGCCUAGUGUCCAGGCAAUAUCUCUGCCAAGCGGCGCUCAUCGGGGUCGCUGUAGCUCAAGUGGCUCUUGGUAGCGUACAAGGUUAUCAUGGACUCGUACUGGCCUCCGGGCUUUACGGAGCCUCGCUCGGCGGCGCGCUCUACUCCCUCAAGAUGUUGGCCCUCGAGAGGCUGCGGGCGAGACAUUUCGCCAGAUCGUGGGCCCUGGUGCAGGCCGCGGAAGCUCUGCCGAUCCUUCUCGGAGUUCCUCUCACAGGUUACAUGAACGCGAACAGCCCGCGGGUGGGCUACUACGCGUGCACGUUAAGUUCCUUGUGCGGCGCGGCGUUGCUCUUCCUGGUCGGCUGGGGACGGCAGCCGGCGUCACCGCUCCUGCCGGGGCCGCGACUCUCGAGCCUCGGCUUUGGGGUCGUUCCGCCGCCGCCGCCGUGCGCGUGCCCGCCGCCGCCGCGGCCCCGGCUGCCCAAGUCGCAGUCCCUCCACGUGCCGCUGGACGUCGUCGAGGACGGCAUGCGCGAGCGGGACUACGUCGAGCGGAUGCACGAGGCCACCGACCACUACUGUCAUCCGCAAUUCCACGCGCCGUUGCGGCCCAGCAAGAGCGUGCCGGAGGGCCUCGGCCAUCAGGACCCGUACCGAAUUCGGCCGCGACGUCACCGCGACAUCACCGUCAUAGAGCAGAUCACCACCAGCGUGUAGGAGCGAAGUGCGUGCGAUCGACAACCGCGCGCGCGAAAUUAGUAUUAGGCUAAUUCCCG